CAAUCCCCGUGAUCUCAACGUGCCACGUCGGGCUGAGUGGAAAGUCACUCUUAUUUUUUAUGUUUCUAAUUUUCUCAUCAAAAUGGUAAGUUUAUUUCAAUAAAACUUCUUUGUAUUAUUCUUGUUUAUUUUCUAUGCUUUGAUGUUAUGGCUAAACCUUAAUUCCACAAGAUCACAGCUCAUAUGACCGUUUCAUAUUUGACUUGUGACGUGUGAAUUGUAGUCUAGAUAUUUCGUUGUUAUUUGAUGUAUAUUAAUAUUUGUAGUCGUAAAAUAGUGUUAUAUAUUUAGUUACUUUCGUAUUUAUUUUGAACGUACGAUAUAAAAACAAAUGCAUUCUCUAUGUAUCAAAUUAUAAUGAAGAUUAUAGUAUUUGCCCUGCUAGCAGAGACUUGGAAAUUUAUAUGCACUCUGUGGAUCUGUUGAGAUUCUGUAGUUCUUUGUUUAGCCAUGUUACCAAAAACGUGGAUAGUUCAGGUUUAAUAACCAGUUUUACAAAAGUUAGUUAGUAUUUACCUUGGACUACAGUACAACUUGUUUAUAAAUUUUAUAUGGCUCCAAGGCUGUAGAAUUGUAAUAGGUAGGUCAGGAUCAGACAGGCAAUAGUUGUAUGAGGUGAGAGUCUGGCUGCCUGGAACUUGGAAUCUUUGGAUUGGCAUCCUAUGAUAAUGGUCAUUCCAGAAAAGACCCACACUCCCCUUACAGAGAAAAUGUUUUGCUAUCUGAAGGGGGAGGGUGAAAAUUGAAUUGUAGUAAAUACUAAAAUGUACUAGAUUGUCUGAAGGGGGAGGAAGGUAAUUUCAAAUUUCCUCUGUGUGUGGGAGAUGUGGAUCUUUUCUGGAAUGACCCAUGCAUUGGUGUAAUAGUUUGUGAGGAAGGUGAAGUUACAGAAUACUAAUCCAGUAGAUUUCUAGAUUUCAAACAUGAAUUGAAUCAAACAUCUUAUGUUGCUUUAUUUUUCUUUUGUAGCCAUUAAGGUUGGAUGUGAAGGUUUGUAGUUGAUGUGUGAAAAUUUGCAAGAUAAUGUUUCCACAAUCCUUUCUAUUGAUUACACUCAUCAUUUUGAAACAGACCAGGCCUCGCACUUUCCACUAAAUUUAAUAUGGAAAAAUACACAGUUUUGCAGUGAGGGUUCUAUUGCUAAUUUUUUCUAACUAUUUUUUUAGCGUAAACUUUCUGCUCGUUCUGAUCGAGUGAAAAGUGUUGAUCUUCAUCCCAAUGAGCCGUGGAUGUUGGCAAGUUUGUAUAAUGGCAAUGUUCACAUCUGGAAUCAUGAAUCACAAACAUUAAUCAAGACUUUUGAAGUCACUGACUUGCCAGGUAAUUGAGUCAUUCCAGAAAACAUCCAUACCUCCCCCACAGAGGAAAUUGGAAGUUAACCCCCUUUGGAUGUCCUAUUAAAUACACUUCAAACACUCAUUAAUAAUUCAUAAGCUUAUUGGCAAAUCAUGUCAACCAUAAUAUGUCACGUGCAAUGGCUUUAAACCUAAUAAAACACUCCUAAUUAGUAUUCUUUAUAUAAAGAAUACUAAUAAGGCAGUAUCUAUUGUAGUCGUGUCUUCAUUAGUAUUUUUUAUAUAAAGAAUACUAAUAAGGCAGCAUAUCUAUUGAAUUUGUAGUCGUAUUUGAAGAAUAAACUCGCAGGUCGUGUUUUAUUAGGUCUAAAGCCACUCGCGCUACACGCUCGUGACUUUAAACCUAAUAAAACACUCCUGCUUGUUUAUUAAACAGUACUUACUAUUAUCAGAAACAAUUUUUUCUCCUGUCCCCCUCCGGAGGGCAGAAAGAAAUUUCCUCUGUGGUGGGAGUGUGGUUCUUUUCUGGAACAACCCAUUACAUCCUGUAAAACUGGUGUAUGAACCAGCAGUGAGACAAGUAUAAUUAGGUGAAAUUUUGAGAUUUGUUUGUUUCAAGUGAUCUAAGUUAAGGAUCCCUUCCCUGACUCAGAUGUGAAAAAUCUUGCGACCACCAGGAGGGUCAUAACUGAUCCAAACUAUGUCAGAUGUCCAUUAUUUUGAAUUUAAUUUUGGAAAUGUUUAAUUUUUAGUGCGUGUUGCCAAAUUUGUUAUAAGAAAGAACUGGGUUGUAACUGGCUCGGUAAGAUAUACUCAUGUGAGAAGUUUUGGAUUCUGGAAUUUAUUGAUAAAUAUAAUUUUUUAUAUUCAGGAUGAUAUGCACCUUAGAAUUUAUAACUACAAUACUUUAGAAAAGGUAAGACAUUGAAAUUUGCAUCCCUCCCUUCUAUCAGGGAUUUAAACCGAAAAAUUCGGUUCUUCCGAUACUUUUUUUGGCACCGAAAAAAUAUACGCAAAAGAACUGGUAGUUUCGGUUUUAAUUUCCUGUUUAACACCUGCCAAAUGCCCACCUGAUUGCAGGUUGAAAUGUUUGGAAAAUAACAAGAUUGUGCUCUUUGUGCACAAUAUACACUGUACCAAGUGCUCAAAUAGUUGAUAGUAUAGUAUAGUAGAACUUUAUUUAACGACGCUAAUCCCUCAUCACCCAUGGAUGAUUUUCAUGAGGAGCGUCACACAAAUUACAUUCUAAAAACUAAUAUAAAUUAAAUAUGAAAUAGAAUAACACAGAAUAACAAAUACGUAGUUAAAAAAGUUAUUUUUGUGAACUUGCUUUAAAUUUUUUUAAAAAGAAAUAUUUCAUGUUCAUAAAUAAAUUCCAAUUGUUCUUUUAAAAUAUUCAGAGAUUUAUACAAACUUACAAAUGCAUAAAUUUGAACAUCUAUUUAGUAAAAAUGCUCGAAACAUACAUAAAUGAGUUCAUACAUUUGUACUGUUCUUCUUUUUUGAAAAUAACCGAAACCGAGCCUAGGUUUUUCUGUUCCAAAAAAAAAACUGGAACCGGGAUAAAAUUUUUGGAACCACACGCUCCACAGGGAUUCCAAUAUUUACAUUGUUUACCUUUUUGAAACAGAUCAACUCAAUAUCAUUUUUAACCAAUCAUAUAGAUUCAUGGUUUUGAAGCUCACAGUGACUACUUAAGAUCAAUUGCUGUUCACCCAACACAAUCCUAUAUACUCAGCAGUAGUGGUGAGUUUUAUUUCUUACACUCAAAAUACAAGAACUUUCCCACUUCUAUAGUCUGUUGACAUUUUCUGACAUGUUACAGUAAUUGUUCUGUAUUACUGUAAUGGUUACUGAUUUAUAGACAAAUACUGUGAUAAAACUCAAAUUCUGCACCUUUUUCAAAAUGCAGUGAAUCUAAUGAAAGAUGCAGCCUUUGCUACAAAUUAUCAUAUGAAACAAAGAAAACUAAAUUGUGUUGCCAUAUUUGCUCAUACAUGUAAUUUGGUAACUGCUACAGAAAAAACAGAACAAUUUACAGAAUAUUACAACAGAUUGUGGAAGUGGGAAGGUUCUUGUAUUUUGACUGCAGUUAUUAUUUAUUAGUAUAGUAUGCUGUAUAUUUACUAGUUAGUGUCAUAGAGAAACUUACAUAGUUAAACAGAGAAACAUCAAUGUUUUGAGCAAAGGCUCUUCGUUGGGAAGUUACUGUAGUACUCAUUGGCAAAAAAUUCUCCUCAAUAAUAAAUUCAAUGAUUUAGGGCAAUACUGUUGGCAAAUGCUGGUUGCUACUGGAAAUUGCAGGGGUUGUAACUAACACCAGUUCUGUAUCUUGUUCAGAUGAUAUGUUGAUCAAACUUUGGAAUUGGGAUAAGAACUGGCAACUUCAACAAGUGUUUGAAGGUCAUACUCACUACGUCAUGCAAGUUGUAAUAAACCCUAAAGAUAAUAACCAGUUUGCAAGUGCCUCUCUGGAUAGAACAAUAAAGGUAUGUCUAUCUUUUCAUGCUAGUUUUUCUUAGUUACCUUUUCCAGUCAGAGGUUGUGAUAUACAGUAUGAGUCUGUCUGUUAGCAGGAUUUCAACUCACUUUAGGAUUGAAGUUUGAGGAGUCAAUGAAAUUUUGGUUUAAUUUAGAUGAAAAUAGAAUGAGAAAUUUACAAAUUAUUUCUUGCUUCUCUGGGCUGUGUAAAGAACUGAAUGCAUAAAACAUAUAUAAGUUAUUCAUGAAUACUUAACUAUAAUUGUUGUCAGAUAUACAGUAAACAGGCUACCUCAGAAUAGCAAAUUAUGUGCAACUACUGUAACCAGUAAUUAUUAAACAUGACUCUACCCAUUUUUAGGUGUGGCAACUUGGUUCAACUGCUCCUAAUUUUACAUUAGAAGGCCAUGAGAAGGUAAGUGGGAAAUAUCUCAACAUCACAAUGGAACACAAGAUCACUUCAAAUAAAAUAUAAAUAUUAUAAACUCGCAACUUGUGAGUCUAAUAUUUGUCACAACAUUGAAAGGCAGGGGGGGAUUAAUAUUAUUAUUUCAGCUUAGUUGGUCCAGUAAUGUUGUCAGUGCUUGUAGUAAGACUCUGACAAUGAGUUUAAUGUUAUAGGGUGUUAAUUGCAUUGAUUAUUUUCAUGGUGGUGAGAAACCUUAUCUGAUUUCUGGAGCUGAUGAUAGAUCUGUGAAGAUUUGGGAUUAUCAGGUAAUUGUUGGUUUGUUAAGAAAUGAACAUACAGGGCUGACGCUUUUUAUUAUGUAUUUUUACUUUUCAAAUAACAUGAAUGCUGUAUGUACAGUACACAUGUCAAGUUUAAUAAAUAAAUAAACAUUAAGACUUCUUUCUAUUUUGUGUUAUGUAGAACAAAUCAUGUGUACAAACUUUGGAAGGACAUGCGCAGAAUGUUUCCUGUGUUGGUUUUCACCCUGAACUACCAAUUAUUCUUUCUGGCUCAGAGGAUGGUAAUGUUUUAUGGCAAAUGACGGUGUCUAUAUGUACAGUGCAAAAACAUGUCUAAAGUCUGUUUGGUUUUAUUUAGGUACUGUCAGGCUGUGGCAUGCUAAUACGUAUCGCUUAGAAAGUACAUUAAACUAUGGUUUGGAACGAGUUUGGACAAUCACUAUGAUGAAAGGUUCCAACAACGUUGCAUUGGGAUACGACGAAGGCAGUAUCAUAAUCAAGGUGGGCAGCUCAUAUUCACUUCAUAACUGAAUAUGAAUAAUUUCUACUACACGCAGUACAAUGUUUACCAUAUCUUACUACUGUAUAAAUAUGUCUGCAAGUAAUUUUCUCAAAAGAUGUUAUUAAAAGUGAUUUUAAAUACUUUUCUUUUUUUCGUAGCUUGGAAGAGAGGAACCAGCCAUGUCUAUGGACAAUAAUGGCAAAAUUAUUUUUGCAAAGCAUAGUGAAGUUAGCCAAGCUAAUUUGAAGAACUUAGCAGGUAUGACUGUAUGUGCAGGCCAUAUUUCGUCGUUUAGGACAUGUCAGAGGUGUCCAGAUUUGACUUCCACUACCGCAACUGCUACAAUUAACCAAUCAGAUGUGUUUAAAAUACCCAAUUAACCAAUCAGAUGUGUUUAAAAUACCCAAUUGACCAAUCGGAUGCGUACUGAGCCAGUGAGAGGUUUUGGUAGUGGAAGUCAUAUCUGAACCUCUCUAUAAAAACGUUGGAGACUGCAUGUCUGUGCCGCCUCAGCUGGAAACUGUGGAAUGAGCUGCUUAGGGAAAUUCAUCAAUGAUGUUAAAUUUAAUCAUUUCAUUCUACACCUGCGAUCAUUACAUCACGAGGAAUAUGUUAUGUAACAAUUACUGUAAUUUUAUUAUUUUUAUAUUUCAUUCGAAGAUUAUGAAAUCAAGGAUGGUGAAAGGAUUCCCUUAGCGAUCAAAGACAUGGGAUCUUGUGAAAUAUUCCCUCAAACGUUAUCUCAUAAUCCAAAUGGAAGGUACCGUAUAUAAGCAGUAACAGUUAGUGAUAUUGAACAUAUGACUGCAGAAAUUGAGGAGGCAUGGAGCGACACUAACUCCUUCAGGGGUAAACUACAAACUCAAAUGUCAACUGAUAUACAGUUUGAAUUAGAAUUCUGGAGUUACGCAUCAACAUCAAAAUUCUGUGGAGGAAUACGAGCCAGCUGUCAUCUAAACCUGUAAUAAAUGGAUACCAACAACAAAAAUAGUCCAAGAAUAAGAGUGAAACAGCUAUUGAGUCAAAUUCAAAAGCUAUCGGGACAUGAUUUGCCUGAGUCAUACACCACUUUGAUGUCAGGAUCCACUAACGUCCCCAGGCUACUAAUUUUCGUUCGCCUGGAUCUUUAUUCAAAGUAUUUUUUCAUAUCAUGUAUGUUCAAUUUUUGUGUCUAGGUUUGUCGUAGCAUGUGGUGAUGGGGAAUACAUCAUUUAUACAGCGAUGGCUUUACGAAACAAAAGUUUUGGAAAUGCUCAAGAAUUUAUUUGGGCAAGUGAUUCAUCAGAGUAAGUUCACGAGCAAUGAUAUUUUACGUCCUAUAUAUUCCAUUCCAAAAACGUUUCACUGUUAAAUGGCUACUUUUGUCCGCUUAGAUACGCAAUAAGAGAUGGGAGCAAAAUCUCAAUCCAUAAGAAUUUCAAAGAAAGAAAGUCAUUUAAACCUGAUUACGGUGCAGAAAGUAAGUUUCAAUGUGUUGACCAGGUGACAGAAAGGUCAGUUAUGGGUCAGUGUUCUUAAAGUGAGGAAAUACGGAGUACCCAGAGAAAAAUCUUGAUCGAAGCACAGCAGAGAACCAACCGAAUUCUUGAAGCACAGGAGAACUUGCCCCAUGAGCUAAGUAAUCCCUGUCCUCGCCCUGCAGUAGUACGAUUGAGGUAUAGGACAGCACCGCAUCUGCAAUUCAUACUCGUGAAAAUAUCUCUUUUCAUACUGUAUGUAUUUAUUUUCAGGUAUCUUCGGUGGUAAUCUCAUUGGUGUGCGAUCUUCUGCUGGACUGUCGUUCUACGAUUGGGAAAAUACUGAACUAAUAAGAAGAAUUGACAUUCAGCCUAAGUCGGUAAGAAAACAAUAGCGGUUAAAAUACAGUUACGUUUUUAUUUAAAAUGCUCUUCUAAGGGAGAAUUAAAAAUACUAUAUUUACAACUCGGCAGGACUUUGUAUCAGAUAUACAAGUCCAUGGUCAAGUUUUCAUCAUGAAUUAUGAGUGAGAAAUAGAAUGUGGUCAUAUUGUGGUGUAUAUGUUUAGGUGCACUGGUCGGACAGUGGUGAGUUGUGCGCCAUUGCGACAGAUGAUACCAUCUAUAUACUCAAGUAUUGUCCAGAGAAGGUGACUCAAGCCAUGGAAAACAAAGAUGAGAUCUCAGAAGAUGGCAUUGAAGAAGCUUUUGAUGUACGUAUGGAAUACUACGGAUGUUUUACUAAACUAAAGUAUUUGUGUAAUCUUGUUCAUGUCUCUCUGAGUUUGUGUAAUUUUGUUCAUGUCUCUUUUAAGGUUGUUGGCGAGAUAGAAGAUAUUGUCAAGACUGGCCUGUGGGUUGGUGACUGUUUUAUUUACACAAAUUCAGGUGAAUGUCACUACUACAUUGCUGAUUGCUAUAUACUAUAAUAUAUGAGUGGACGUAGAAAUGUACAAUUGACGUAAUUCAUUCACUCGUAAAUUAUUAAUCAGUUUGAGAUGUAAUUUGUUUCAAGAAUUGUCUAUUUUUUAUCAUGUAUAGUUAACAGACUGAACUACUAUGUUGGAGGCGAGAUCGUAACGAUAGCACACCUUGAUGGGUAAGUUUUUAUCUUAUUGACGUUCGGGGAAACACCAAACCCCAUGAAAAUGCAUGAGCGUGCGAUCGCUACUUAAAUUUUUGCAGGCACAUUUUAAAAUCCUGCCAUUUCCACAGUAUUUAACUCUCUAAACCUAAAAUACAACGCAUUUUUGCACAUGAAGUCAUGAAUUGUACUCAUAGGCACUAAAUAUCAAUGAGCGCUGUGUAUUCAUGUCCAUGACUUUCUCGAAACGAUUGUCUUGAAUUCACUUUGACAUUCUUUGCUUAUUAUAGCACGAUGUAUCUUCUUGGUUACAUUCCCAAAGACAAUCGCCUGUACCUUGGUGAUAAAGAUCUCAAUGUCGUCAGUUAUUCCUUAUUGUUGUCUGUUCUGGAAUACCAAACUGCCGUCAUGCGAGAAGAUUUUGAAACUGCUAAACAGGUAACAUUUUUUUAUAUAUAUAAUUUGCUAAGGCAACUGUAGGAACAGUUGCGAAAAAUGCAAUUGAACAUGCGGCCCUAUUGAAGAUAUAAGUUAUCGUUAAGAUUAUACCAUGUUACCAACCUGUCACCUGAGAGCAGUUUAGAACUGAUGGAGCUAUCCAGUGGAAAUGAAUUUAAUCUAAAGGUUUCUUCUUGUAGUAACUCUGGACUAAUAUACGACGUCGCCCUUACUUAAAGAAAAGCAGUUUAGACCAGAUAGAGUCAUCCAGUAUAAAUAAACUUACAAUUUACACACAUUAGGUUCUGCCAACCAUUCCAAAGGAACAGCGUAAUCGCGUAGCUCACUUCCUGGAGAAGCAGGGAUACAAACAACAAGCCUUAGCCGUUUCAUGCGAUCCUGAACACAGGUAUGUUUAUAAAUAGUAUAACACAGCACCAAUGAACGAUCGUUGGGAAGUAUGGUUUAUAAUUUCUGUAAUGUUUCCAGGUUCGAACUUGCAGUUCAGUUAGGAGAAUUGAAGAUAGCUUAUGAAAUCGCCAUGGAAGAUCAGGUUUGAUUUUCUUAUGUUUUGCGCGCAUUCAUGUGAUUCAUUUAUAAUGUAACUACCGUCAUGGAUUCAUAAGUGGAAUAACGAAUUUCAUACAUUGGAAAAUAAGUAAACACGAUAUAUUCCACAUUCUAAUAAUGUAAUUUGGUAUAAAUAAUAAAUUAUAUUGUUAUUGCAGCUCUGAGAAAUUUUUUUUUUUACAGAAUGAGAAAAAAUGGAAACAACUCGCGGAAUUGGCGAUCAAGAAUUGUGAAUUCCAGUUGGCGCAAGAAUGUCUCCAUCGGGCUGAAGAUUUCGGAGGAUUGCUUCUUCUUGCUUCAUCUGCCGGACACGCAGACAUGAUCGCUAAGCUCGCUGAAUCUGCUUUAGAGAAAGGGAAGAAUAAUGUAGCAUUCUUGGCAUACUAUCUCCUAGGAAGGUACGUUGUUCGCAUGGCAUGAGAGGCUAAUAACCUUCUAAUUAUCGUUUAAGCAUUUUCUGAUUGUUUUCUAAUUAGGUUAGAAGAUUGCUUGGAUCUUCUCUGCAACACUGGACGUUACCCUGAAGCGGCGUUCAUGGCAAGAACGUAUCUACCAAGCCACGUCUCCAGGUAUAGCUCGUACUCACGCCUCUACACAUUCGAAUAUUGUAUUUGGUGUAUAUUCCAAUGGUGACAGUUUUUCACGCAUUUUUUAUCAUUUCAAAGAGUUGUUGGGUUGUGGAAAGAAGAUUUAGCGAAGGACAAUAAGAAAGCGGCAAACUCAUUGGCUGAUCCGACGGAAUAUGAAAAUCUUUUCCCAGAAUUCCAGGAAGCUUUAAAAGCAGAACAGGUUCGAUCUAUUUUUCUAAAGUUUGUUUUCGUAUGCAAAUUACAUUCUCUUUAUCUAAUGAGCACAUCAUAUAAUAUGCUGUUCCAUUUUAGGUUGUGACUGUAUGAGCUGCGUUUUGUUUGACAUCAUUUUAUAUCGUUUUAGUUUUUGAAGAAAGAAAGAAAGACUCUUGUAGCAGCCGCUGACUAUCCUCGCCUACCCGUAAGUUACAAUUUUUUUUAACUUUUAUAUUUGAGUGACACCUUGACAUAGCACUUUAUCUCGUUCUUUUCCAGCCUUAUUUGCCUGGAUAUCUCAGCUUCAGCAGCAACUUCUGCCUUAAUAAUUCUUCAUAUAUAAUGUUCAAACUUAUAAUAAAAGCAUGUGUUUUUAUUUCCCCAAUGUAGAGUAACUUCGACCGAAAUAUUUUUGAAGAAAUUAAAGGAGUUGAAAUAAAGGAAGAUUCCAAUGUUGAUGAUGUGGCGGUAUGAAACUCAAACUCUUUCAUAAAAUACUAUAGACCGGUAGCCAAAAAAUUAAGUUGUGGGUUGACAUUCUUAGUGCAUUGUUUUCAGGAUUCCAUUGAUAAUCUCAAUAUUGACACAUCCGGAGAGGGCGUGAAACCAACUGAUCCAUCCUCUGCUGAAAUUAGUAAACCACAAGAACCCGAGCCUGCUACAGAGCCAGUGAAGAGAACACCUUCGCCUAGUGACGAGGUUCGUACACCAUACAGGAUAGUGGGCGUUGAGAUGUCUUGAAAUCAAUAUAUUAAAACACUUCCAGUGUAUGAUAUUAUAUACUUGUGAAAACAACCAGUAUAGAGAAAACUUAUGUAGAACUCUGAGUGUUUUAUUCAUUGUUAUAGGACUAUGAUCUUGGCGAUGAUGAUGACGAUGAUGAUAUCGACCUAGACGAUGAUGUAAGUAUUUGCAAAUUUAGCUCUUAAUUUUCUUCUGGGGACGGCGCUUAUAGGAGUGACGUUGUUAAAUCGUUAAAUCUCACUAAAUGUUCGACGUUUGAACACGACUGAAUGACUUGAUUGUGUUUCUUGUUAGGACAUCGAUCUUGAUGUUGAUGAUCUACUCGACGACGAUGACGAAUAACUGGAAAUUCUGAACUCUUCUUAUCAAUUGGACAGUCGGAGAUAUAAUGCCCGUAUCACCGUAGUCAAUAGAGACAUCAUCUAUAAACUUCAAAACGUCUCUAAUGACCUUGUGAGCUAUUAGUUUAUGUUCGGACGAGUUGCCGUCCACAAAUAUUUUGAAAUGUUGCGUAAUACCAUUGGAUGAUUGCUUUAUUAUGGCAAAAACAUAUUAUUUUCGCUGUACACAAGUUUGCAUGAACAAAAAGGCAAAGUUUUCCUGAUCAUAUCUUCAUUGACUAUGGUACCACACGCGAUUGUCCUGUAAUUUAGUUCGGUUGUGGACUUGUGGCGAGACUGCGGUCUGCGCGCUGAUCGAUGCCAUCAUCCUCAUACUCGAGACGUUCAUAUUCGACUUCCGCUACUUUCUCUCACUGACUUAUUACGCCUUUACGCCUUUGAUUGGUUAAACACAUCUGAUUGGUUAAUGAUAGUCUGAACGUCUCUGUUGUAACCACGAGAGCGGUACUGUAUGAAGUGUAUGACUUGUAAGGUCCGCAUAAUUAAUCAUAAUUAGAUAACUUUAUUUCUCAUGAUAUUUGUAUUACUUGCACAACUUAAAUUUAAGUAUGUAUUAAAAAGAGUUAUAUUGUA